UGUCUCUUACCUGUAUUCAUCCUAAACUUUAUUAUCCUCAUUAUAGAGAUCAAUUCUGAUAUGAUGCUUUUUUUAUUUAUAAAGGUCUUUUCCUCAAGUGUUACUUUAAAACCACUUUUGAGAGGUAUAUAAGGUAAAUGAAUAGACAGAUGGAAGCCUUUAAUCUAAUGGUUUCCUAUUUCUUCACAAUGGCACAAACAAAUUCCUUCAGUGGAUCUCUGAAGGGCAGGAAAUGCCAUGGGGUGAAUUCAGCCAUGCAUCCCCUUAUUAUUAUAAAACACACCUGCUAUUCAGAGUAAAACAGGUCUUUGCUGGUUUCUCAGGCCUCGUCUCCAGUGUCCCUGUAACUGGUCAUCUAUGACCCUAUUGUCCAGAUCAGCGACCUGCACUCAUAUAAAGCCACAAAUGACACAUGGGCCCUUCAGAAGGACAUCAGCACUCACCAUGAAGCUGACCAACAUCUGCCUGACUCUUCUAGUCUUGAUAAACGCUGUCCAUUCAGCAGCUAUGAGAGAAGGAAGUGGAGAUUUGUUACGUUUUUUGAAGGAUGCAUUUGAAAUGAAUCUGCCUCUUGACCACACUGAUCCAACACAGCUCUCAGAAAUGGCCCUAGCAACAGAGAAGAUUCUGGAUCCUGUACAUCCGACAGAUCCGACUGCAGAAUGUAAAGCCCCAGAAAUUGUUGUCAACUCUGCUGACUUUUCCAAUAAAACACCCAAACCAAAUCUGGUAGAUCUUGCAGAUGUUGCUGAAGAGAGAUCAGUUGAGAGUAGCAACUCAGACAGCAGAUUAGCAGAAAGAACAUCGGCUGAAGACAGCAGAGAAGGCGACAGCGACAAGAGGUUACAGCUGAGAACAACACUCAAAGACACCCACAAGGCAUUACAGGAGCAUUAUGGGAACUCAGCAGAGAGUAUGAGUAUGGACAGGACUGUCAUGGACAUAGACAUGACUGAGGGCUCAAGCAAACAUAUUGAUAAAGCAACAGUGAUGGAGGACAUUAGUAGUCAGGAAAUGGACAGACCUGAGCAGAACGGGAGAUACCGACCUCCAAGGACCCAGAUGUUGUUAGAAAAACACAACUCUGUGGUCACAGACAGAGGCAGACAAAAUCUGGACUUUAUGAAAGAGUUGGAUCCCAUAAUUCAGAGUUUUGCUGGUAGAAUGAACCUCAAAGGCCAGACUGGUAAACCACAUGAUACUGAUAAACACCAGCAGGAGAGCCACAGACGAGCAAUGGAUUUAGACAGCCCAGAGUUUGUGGACACCCCUGAUAGACCAGACCUAUAUGCUGACAGUGAAGAACAAAUCUCAGGAAUCAAAGCAAAACUAAACUAUGCCGCUAACCAGGACACACUGGACGACAGCAGGGAAUUGGCCGAUCGGAUCCCAGGAUGCACUGAAACAUCUGUUGAACAUCCCAUGGAAGAGAACAACAGUCUGGAUGCCCCUAAUGUGGGCCAGAAGAUUCAAAAGGACACAAUGAGCUAUCAGAACCAGCUGAGGAAAAUAUGUCCCACUAAGAGAAUACGAGCAUCCAACAACCCAAGAGCACAGCUGGAUUUAGAUAGUCCGGAAAGAGUGAACAGUGAACUUUUGGACAGAGACGACAGCAGAGAGAGGCUGGAAUAUGUUGCGCUUCCUCUGUAGAGAGUAACUUUUUUGCCCAAUAUCUACUUUUUUUAACAUUUUUUUUUUAUUUUGACAGUGUGAUUUUAAUGUCUGUUUGAACUAAUACAUUUUUCUUGGUUUGUUUGUUGAACUUGCAUAAAUAAAUCAUUAUUAAUCGGUUUUACGUUUUAUGAUCUUGUAAGAUGUGAGUAUUAUUGAAAAUAUAUAUAAAUGAUUAUGAAAGCCUCCUUGACUUAAGACACAUUUUGUAAAAAUAAUAAUACUAUUAAAUAAAAUAACAAUACUAUUAAA